UUCUUCCUACAUCCAACCAUGUCCUUCACCGCUUAUAAAGACACAAUCGAGGAGGGUGACUUUGUCUUUUGCUGGAUCUCCCGUGAGAUUAUCAAGCCUAUCCAUGUCAAGGCGGGUGAGGUCUUGGGGACCCGUUUCGGGAUCUUCUCCCACGACGACAUGAUUGGCUCGCUUUACGGGGCCCAGAUCAGCUCUGCCAAGGGAUACGGAUUCAUCCACUUGUUACAUCCUUCACCUGAACUCUGGACGCUCUCCUUGCCCCACAGAACCCAGAUUGUCUACACCCCUGAUUCCUCCUACAUCACACAACGCUUGGGGAUCACGGUAGGCACCAGAGUGAUUGAGGCCGGGACCGGCUCCGCCUCUUUCUCGCACUCCUUUGCCAGAACCAUCGGCCGUGAAGGGAAAUUGUUCACCUACGAGUUCCACGAGCCAAGAUACGUGGAGGCUAAGCAGGAAUUGGAGGAGCACGGCUUGACCAACGUCGAAAUCACCCACCGCGACGUCUGUAACGGUGGCUUCGAGAUUGAAGAAAACGGUGCUAGUAAGGAUAUCCGGGCCAAUGCCGUGUUUUUGGACCUUCCAUCACCGUGGACCGCCAUCCCAAACUUAUCCAGCGUGAUCUCCAAGGACUCUCGUGUGGGUGUCUGCUGUUUUUCACCUUGUAUUGAGCAAGUGACAAAGACCGUGGAGGCUUUGAUGGCCCACGGCUGGUCCUCCAUCGAGAUGGUGGAGGUCAGUGCAAAGAGAUGGGAGGCCAGAAAGCAAAUGGUCAGAAGAGUGGACGAUGCCGUUGAGAGAUUGAGAGAUGUCAAGAGAAGAAAGGAUGCCGGGAUCCAGAGGCGCAAGGACGAUAUCGCCCGAGAAGCACUCGAGGGUACUGAACCGUCCAUUGGUGACAAGAGGCCCGCUAGCGAGACCCCACAGCCUGAGGAAAAGACCAAGGAAACUGGGUUCAAUCCAUUUGGGAAGGGUGUCCGGGUCAGAGACGGUGACCCGCAGUGGGAAUGGAUCAACGUUUCCAAGGUUGAGUCUGACAUCAAGUCCCAUACUUCUUACUUGACUUUUGCCUACAUGGAUCCAAAUAUCCGUGUGGUAAAUCCGGUCGAAGAAGUGGCUGAGAUCAUUGCAUAAGGCUAUAUAUUAAUACAUCUGUACAUUACUCUAGCUUUUGACGUGAAUUUUUGUCAUUAAGGAUGUAAGGCAAGUCUUUGAGUGGAGCAAAAUCCGCACCUUAUAUGAUAGAGACUGAAAAGCACUAUAACCAGGGUCCCGAGCCGCUUACCAUUA